CCCUAGACCCCCGUCCGGAGCACGGCCGGCUCGGCGGCCUCCGCAAAAACCAUCGGCCCGCAUAACACAACAACUCAGACUUGAUUCAUGUCUCAUACCAGCUUUCAGCUCUCCCUUGGUAAGACCAACCUUUCUUCCACUUCUCACGAACGUAAUUUCCCCCUUGUGGAUCAUCUAUUAGCUUCCGGGAUGGGUAGUGUCUCGAUCUUGUGGACAUGAACAAGAAACCCAAAACAAAACACUCAUACCCAUAUGCUUUCGAGAUAUGAAGAAACCCUCGGAUCCUGUUUCCCCGGACUGUGCUAAAGAAUGCUCGCAUCCGGCCGAAGGGAGGGAGGGGUCUGAUGAACGGUUUCGAAACAGGGUCGAUCUUUUGCCUUGUCCGAUCUCAAGUUCCAACCGCUGAAAACGCUAUGUGAGUGAUACUCAAGCGAGUAUGGUCGCCUUUGGAGGAGCCACAAAACACACCAGAUAUUGCUCUGCCUAUUUCUGGUGACCAAUGACGUACAUUCUUGGGUGAUGGAGAUUAGACGCUCGUCACAUAUCUGCUAAAUCCUACACGAGGGGAACCUUUGAGAAAUUGUGCUCUGAUAGCGAGUGCUCUUUUUGACGCAUCCAGGAAUGGUCGCGCGCAUGCGGAGAAAUUGUUUCUUGGCUAUCAAUCUGAUGCCGAUGGGCCGUCGGUAUCCAAGAAGCAGUCGAAAAUGGAGGAAUUCAGAGUGCUUCGAUACAUGUGAACUCACUCCUUUGAGGGAGGGUAGGCCAAGGCAUUGGGAUGAGUGUCUCAGCAGAAUCCUGUGUCAGCAGCCUCACGUAUCAACAAGUGAGAUAGAGGCUAUCAGUAUUAGCAUCUGGAAUCUAGAGUAAUCUUACAACCCGAGGUGCUGCAGAGCCAAAUUCUCAAGCGGCGGGGAUUUUGGGGCCAAACAAGCUCCUCAGAGUGUGGAGUGGGAGUGAGACAUGUCAAGUCAGGGGCACUGCAUUCUUUGCUUGUUGGACGGGAACGCCAUGUCUCAACAGUCACAGCACUCUGGACUUGUUUGCGUUGGGGCUCGAUGCAUUCGUCGAGGACCAGACAGACUAUCGGCGCGAGGCUUAGUCUGUGGUCCUCGGAGGAUCCCAUACAAUCUCAGCCCCAAGGCAAGGGGACCCAAAUCAUGUAUAAAGAGAGGGCUUGAUUCCGUCCAAAGCUCAACUUCUUCCUUCUCUCAUCAUCAAGCAACUUAAACAUCCUCGAUCCCCUCGCUUCUCUUCCGAGAGCUGUUUUCCAGUCGUUACAUCCCCAGUCAUUCGCUCCAAAGAACCACCAUCAAAAUGCGUUACACCGAGCUCCUCGCCCUGGCCAUGGGCAACUUGGCCGCUGCCCAGUUCACCACAGGUCGCUUCUCCAACACCACCACCGGCGCCAUUGAGACUGGCACUGCCACCACUGGCACUGAUGUCACCGGUACUGAGACCUCCGGUGCCGCUACCAGCACCUCUGCUGGCGGCAUUGGCAACCCUGACGGCUUCAACUUCCUCGGAUGCUUCUCUUCUGAGAACGGCUUCCCUGGCUUCACUCAGGCCUACUCCUCUGAGGAGAACGACUCUGAGCGUUGUGCUGAUGCUUGCUUGGGCUCCAACUUCUUCGGUCUCUACGACAACAGCUGCUACUGUGGUAACACGCUUGAUAUCAGCACCUCUCCUGCUGUUAGCACUGACCAGUGUGACAUCACUUGCCCUGGUAACUCUGAUGAGAACUGUGGUGGUCUCGGUUCUGGCGACCGCCUCAUGCGCCGACAGGUCGCUGUCAACGUUCUUCUCUCCGUCUACGUCGCCAUUGGUGUGAACCCUGGUGAGACUGACACUGUCAUCAACACCGACUUCGUUACCGAGACCCUCCCUCCUGUCACCACCACUGCCACCGUCACCUUCACUGAGGAUGGCACCACCGUCACCCAGACCGUCACCACUGUUCUCCCCGCCAUCCCCACCGAUGUCAUCAUCAUCUGCUACGGUAACUACUGUGCUCCUCAGGUCCACUGCCCUACCUGCACCAAGUGGCAGAUCGUCUGCGAGGAUGGUCUCUGCGCUCCUCGUGAAUGCCACGACGACACCUGGACCAAGCUCAAGAUCUGCAAAAGCGGAAAGUGCCACUACGCCGACUACAAGGGUGAUGAGUGCAACCAGCGCAUCGUCUGCUACGGCAACGAGUGCCAGCGUGACCAGCACUACUCUGUCGACUACGCUCGCAAGUUCGUCUGCGAUGUCGAUGAGGACCGAUGGUACUUCGAUGAGUGCAAGGACGACUGCUACACCUACGAGAAGUGCUCCAAGGGCGAGUGCGAGCCCGUCCACCCUCCCGUCAAGCCUGAGCCUGUCCACCCUCCCAAGCCCGUCUACCCCGGCAAGCCCCCUGUUGUCGUCGUCCCCGAGCCCGAGACUCCCUCCAAGCCCACCAAGCCCGAGACUCCCUACACGCCUGAGCACCCCGAGACUCCUGCUAAGCCCGAGCACCCCGAGACUCCCGCCAAGCCUGAGACUCCCGAGACUCCUGCUAAGCCUGAGACUCCCGAGACUCCUGCUAAUCCCGAGACUCCUGAGACCACCGGCACUGGCUCCAAGCCCGAGGUCCCCGUUGUGACCGCCGGUGCUGCCCAGAAGACCUUCGCCGGUGUGGCCGCUGCCAUCGCCGGUCUUGCUUUCGUCCUGUAAAGGAACUGACAAGCAAGCCUUCUUCUUCUUCUCCCCGGAUUGGGACUUUUCUCAUAGAUGCCGGAGUCUCUGCCCAGCAAAGCUCAGCAUUCACGUCUUUUGCUCUUGAUAGCAACAAAACACGCAUAUGUGUAACGCUUAACGUUCUUGGUUCAUUCUUACACCAGUCGGUAUAAUUUGGGUAGAUCUAGCUCUGGGAUAUCUUGUACGAUAGAUUAGGGUCUUGGCUGUCCAUUUCGAUGGUGGUAUCUUUUUCGGCGAUUAGAAAUCAGUAGUAUUUCGGCUUUAAUAUGGCUUUAUGACUUUAUUCUUACUUUAGAGGAUUCUAAUGUGACAGUGAUUCGCUCUACUCUUUCUCUUCUCUGAUAAUUGUAACUUUUUGACUGUGGCUGAAUUGAUUUG